AUGGCAGGCGUCAACCGGAGAUUGGAAAACGUCAACAACAACAACAACAACAACCGCGUCGUACGACGUUCCCGGGACGUCAACAACAACGACAUCGUCGACGAAUCCGACCCGGACACGGUGAGCGCUUCGGAGACGGAAAGCGACCUGGAACCGGAUCGGGACAUCGAUGCGGAAUUGCACGCGGCGUGGGAGAGGGUAUGCGUCAAUAUGGUACGAUUGAGGCACAUGUUUGGUAGACCGAACGCACGAAACGCACCCAGAACCAUCACGAUUAAGAAACUAUUGCAACAGCAUCGGCACGGAAGACGACGACCGGAAUGA